AUGUUAAUAAUUUUAUCGUUAUCAAUUAUUUUACAAAGGGUCAUUGAUACGGCAAAUGUUUCAUCGAAUCCACAAGAUAUCGCUAAUAAACUCGCUAGAGCCGUAGUGAUUAAGCAAUGCUACAAAACCGUGGUCCUUUCGAUCGUAGAUGAAAUAGGUGAACUUGUGGAAGUAGUUCGUCCUGUGAUGCCAAUUUCAAGAUGCCAGGAUAAUAAACCUGUUUUAUGUGAUACAUUAUUCAGAAUUCCAUCAAAUGUAGUAGCAGAUAAUCUUGACGAGUUAGUUUACUUUUUUUCUUUUUUGCGAUUUUUUGAUAAUAUGAAUAAUGCUGCACAUAAUAUUGAAUUACCACCUAAUAUCCAAGCUUUUAUAACAACUUUUUUUCAAAGAACACUCAUCCUAGACUCCAAUGAAGCACGGCGUAUCGAGCUGAUUUGA